UUUGCUUAUUCGUAUAAACAGUGGGUGACCGGGUCGGCAGCGCGUAAUUCCACUCGUCUCACAAUAAAUAUAAAAAUUCCAAUUUAAACGUGUUUAUACUCAUAAUAUCGUUAUUCAUAAAAUGUCGGAUAUCAAGGCUGAUAGUAAGAACGACAAUAACGUCGAUGAUAUACCCAAGGAUCAGGCGACGGAGGUAAAGCCAAUGCCAGCGAGGAAUAAGCGAGCGGCUUCAAAACGUUUGUCAACGUUGGAGAGAACAGCUCAAGAGGGCGAGGCAAUUAUGAAGGGUAUGGACAAAUCUGUGGUUGAAGUUGAGGGAAGAAGACGUACCCGCAGUUCAGCGCGGGGUUUGACCUCGACAACUCCAGCUCCUUCGCCUCCGAAAAAGGAGAAACGUGAAACAGUAUCAAAAGCAACAACUGGUACUGGUCGUGGUCGUGGACGUCCCAAACGACAAGACAAGAACAAUGACAACAACACAGAUGAGGAAGCGGCAAACAACAAAAAUGAGAAGCACGAAGAUGAAUCACCGAAAAUGGAAGUUGACGAUGUAAAGGAGGACAACGACAAGGAUGACGAUAAGAAUGACGAUGGUGACAAGGAGCAGGUGGAUUCGAAAACACCUGAGACAAAUUCCAAGGAUGAAAAAUCAACGGAAGAGUCGGAAAAUUCAGCGGAAGAAUCAAAAAGUGGGAUUGAUGAUAAGAAGAAGGAGGAUAUCAAGGAUAGUUCAGACUCGAGUCAAGACGCAACUGAUGCCACUGGUAAAAGCGAGACUGCAACGGAGUCACAAAAUCCCUCCAAUCCAACUACUGAUGAGAAAAAGGAAUAACCUUCCUCGCGUUAAUUAUUUCUACCAAUAAUCUAACCGUCAGGUACCAGGGCGGCGCACACAUCAGGACACUAAAAAUCACGUCCUAACAUCUUUUUAAUUUUUAACAAAAAAAAAAUUGAAAACACUCGACUCAUUUUCUGAUUACCUCCAUCAUCGAGCAAUCAGUGCACCUGAGGAUUCCACAUUGUCACAAUGUAUUCAUCACCAUUGGAAUCAACUAAAAUCAGGGAAAUUCAUUGCCUGGGAAAUGACACUCGUAGAACAAGAGUUUUUGUUUCAUUUAAAAACAAAUUUUAUCUUCGAAUUUUAUUUGUUAAUUUUUCUUUCUACUGAAAAAAUUAUCUAUCAGUAAUUAUAAAUAAUAUAGCGCUGCGCUGAUUGCUACGACAGCAAAGUGAGCACUGAGGUGUUGAGCAUAUGUUGUUCAUGUACAAUGAUAAUAUUCUUGUAAAAUAUAUUUAAUAUGGACUCGUAGACGAAUUGCGACAAAAUUAUUAAAUGCGAAUUCCGGGGGAUUUCUGCGGGAUUUUUGAAUUUAUCUAUGAAAUAUUUUUUAUUGCACAUUUACUGUGAAAAUUCGCAGCAAAACUGCGGAAUUUCCCAAUGGAAUUCGCCAAACAUCGGCGGAAUUUCUUAACUUACUGGACUUUUAAAUGAAAUUCUUCCGUGCAUGAAAAUAUUUAUGCAAAAAAUUGACAUCCAUAAAAUUUAUUAUAUCAGCACACUUUAGAGUACUAGCUACACGUAGCCAAAUUAAAAUAACGAAAUUAGCGAAGCAAUAGAGACAAUUGAGAGGAAUGAAUUUUAUUUUAUAUUUUUAGUGGUACCAUAUUAAAUAUGUUAAUAUUAUUGUGUAUUUGGACGGUUGUGAGUGUACAGAUAGAUUAUAUCGAUGGAUUAUUUCAUAGUAUCCACACUUGAUGAAACACUAACCGUGGGAUUCAUUAAAUUUAACCGUUAAUUGUAAAAUUGGAAACGUCUGGUGGAGGGAGGUGAAUUCUAAAUAAAUUGUUUCCGAAUUUAAUUUUUAUUUUCAGUAAAAAAUUGCAGUUUAUGCAAAAAAGUCUAUAUUUUUACAAAACUGACAUAUGAGUCAAAGGAAAUGAGACUUCUUUUAAUGAAAAGAGAAUUUAUUUUUUUUAUAAAUUUUAUUUUAUAGCGAUCUAAGCCUUGUUGGUUUGUCAAAAGUUUUUCUAUCAAAAAAAUAUCGUUAAUUUGUCUUUUGAGUUUCAUCCACGAAAAUAUUUCCAAAACUGGGCUUUCAUGGACAUAAUUUUUUAAUUGAUAACAGAAUAAUAAUUUUUGGAAUCGCUUCUCUCCGGCCUCUGUCCACUCAAACAAUUUGUAACAUCCACUGAAGCUCCAUCACGAAAAUAAAUUGCAUUUCCGUAUUUUCCUAAAGGCCUCUGAGGUACCAACAGCCUGUUGUUGCCUCCCUAAUUAACUCGAUCAUGAAAUUGAUCUCUCCAUUAACUGUACGAGGAGUGCAAUAAAAUGGGAUCUCGUGCAUCAACAACUGCUGUUCUUUCUUUCACACUUCUGACUAAUUUAAUGGCAAUCGAAAGAUGAAAAGAAAUUACAAACAUAAUUAUUUUGUAUUCGCUUGUUCGAAGAGGAAAAUCGAGAGAACAAAAAAAUGCCAAAAGAGAGAGGAUUUUGUAUCUAGUAAUUAAAAAUUAUCAGAGCACUGACAAAAUAACGUGUGAGAGAGCAUUACAAUUUGUCUGACAAUGUAAAGAGAAAAGUAAUGACAAGUCAUCAGUGUGUCUCGCUCUGUGCAGCUUAGGAUCGAAAAAUCAGAGCAAACAAGGGGGAAAACAUGGAAAAAAUUUUAAAUCCUAGUGUUACACAUUAGAUAAAUAAUAUGAACAUUAUUAAAUAUAUAAUGUUUUUCCCACAGUGUUCAGCCCCUGUGGGUGGAACGAUAUGUGUAAUAAAAAAAAUAUAUAUUAGCAUUUUAUCAUAAAUAUUACGAUUAAUGAAAAAAUGAGGGGGAAGUAACUGAAAAUUGAUUGAAUUGAAAAAUAUGCAAAAUGAAAUAUGAGUGAUUCGUGAAUGUAAGGACAUGUAGUUUUUAUACAGCUCUAUAAACUCAUUGGUUUUGGUUCAAAUUUAUCGUCACUUCUCGCUCUCUCGUUUAAUCAUUUUAAUAUGAAAAGAAUAAUCGAGGAAAAAUCUGUCUAGAGGAGCAAAAAUGAAGUAAUAAAUUUUGCAAUCAAUCGUUAUAUUUGUAUAGGGGUAUAUAGGGUGAAAUAAUACUCUGUACCCAGGGAAGAGGACUCUUUGUUCUCUUCCUAAUGUUUUCUUUCAUCACUCAUUCGGCUUUGGGUGUUGUAGGGGAAUGGAAUUUUGUUUUUAUUUAAAAAAUGAGAAAUAUGACGAUUGUGGGAGUGCAUCCUGUUGGAUUGACUUUUGUAACGAAAUUGCUUCAAUCAGUAAUAAAUAAAAUAAAAUUUAAUUAUA